CAGUUCUAAUGUGUAGCGCUGGCUGAAAGCUCGGACUCAGGCACAAUGCACUGGGAUGGUGCCUAUACACCAAUAUAUGUGAGAAGUAAAGUGCUGGGUAAUAAAGCAAUGGUAUUUACCUCUCCUUUGUACCUUAUUUAUCUGUUGGAUCAGAAUGUUGGAAUAGGGUUGGAAGGACUAACAAAAAGCAUUAUGUAAAGGCCCAGAAUAAAAGAGAACCCAAGUCUCGGCUAUUCCAUUUAAAGACAUUUUUUUCAAGCCGUUGGUUGAAGGUGCCUGGUAUUUUAUCGAGGGAAUAAUAGUAGCCAGGCAGCUCAAGGCAGGCAUUUAUACGUCAUCUAUUAGAGCAGCCAUAACACACUACAUGUUUGGGCUAUGGCCUUGAUAAACCUACUUAUCAUUCUCCAACUACAAAAAUUAUAUUAUAUAACCAAGGACGAGGAGUUUCCGACCAAAGAGAAGGGAGAGCAGCUCAGCCAAGGGGGCUGCCAUUAUUAAUAUUUGUUAUGAUUGUAGACAAGAGGGCACUUUUACAUGGUAUAACUUGGAGGCCAAUCGGCUGCCUUCCCUCCCAUUCCACUGCUACUGGGCUCUAAAUAUAAGGGCUUGGGAAUUACAGUAUGAGAGUUCAGGAGAAUUCCUCAGCUUGCACAAUACAAUAUGGUCUGCUCCAUUUGUGCCAUCCUUAUCUCCUGUCUUUUUGGCCAAGCAUUGAGUAAGUAUCAGGCCACCUUGUCACCCAAUAAUAGUACUGGAAAAAGUGAUCCCUUCGGCCAGGGCGAUGUCUUCAGCAGGAUCUUAAAAGCCAACCAAGGAAAUGGAGUCCCACGGGUUCAAGAAGACAUUGCUGUUGGGGUCUCACGUAGUGCCAUCACCUCCACAGAAUGCUUAUGGCAGAAAACAAAUGAGACAGUGUAUGUGCCGUACACACUGGAUAGUAAAUACAGUAACAGUGAAGUUAACACAAUGACGUCGGCCAUGGAAGUGUACGCCACCCUGACCUGCGUGCAGUUUGUCCCUUACACUGAUGAAGAUGAUUAUGUCAAUAUAACAUCUGGCGAUGGCUGUUGGUCCUACAUGGGGCGUCAAGGAGGUGCCCAAGUGGUGUCCGUAGAGAAAGGUUACUGUACUUCCGAGGGGACAACCAUGCACGAACUCAACCAUGCCCUGGGCUUUGUACAUGAGCACUCCAGGAGCGACCGGGAUAACUAUGUUAAUAUAAUGUAUCAGUACAUCUCACCAGGUGACAUCGUCAACUUUGAGAUAAUGAAUACCAACAACCUCAACACAAUAUAUGACUACCGCUCUAUCAUGCAUUACCCAGCGUGGGCUUUCAGCAACACAACUGGAAAAAACACUAUAGUGGCCAAGCUUAACCCCAAUAUAAUAAUUGGAGCGGGAAGCACAAUGACCAGCUUGGAUAUUAUAAAGAUAAACCGGCUCUAUGAGUGUGAUGUCUGUAGUUCUCUCCUUACUGAUGCCAAGGGAACUGUCACCUCAGCCAAUUAUCCAUCUCCUUACCCAAAUAAUGCCAAGUGUGUGUGGGUCAUCCAGGCACCGUCCGAUUUGGUAACCCUGACGUUCGCUGCCUUUAAUCUCCAAUCUGCCCCAAACUGUGCCUCUGACUACAUUAGAGUUUAUGAUGGGCGCACCAGAACUUCCCCGCUUCUACUGGACAGAACCUGUGGGUCUAAACGCGUUCCUGCACUGAUCGCCUCAUCAAGUAUGAUGUUAGUGGAGUUUGUCGGUAGUAAAAACCUUAAAGCGACUGGUUUCAGUGCCUCAUACAGUACAGUGAAAUGUGGAGGCACUUAUUACACCCCAUCAAGGAACAUCACUUCUCCUGGAUACCCCAAGAAUUACCCCCCUAAUAGCAACUGUUCCUAUAUCAUCACUGCUCCGGCUUCCCAUAAGGUCUCACUGAGCAAGAUCAGUUUCUAUACACAAAAUAGCCACACAUGUAGCAAUGAUUACCUGUCUGUGUAUGAUGGGACUUCCACUAACGCACCCCUCCUGAAAACAUUCUGUGGACCCCUGUUCACCCUUUCGGCCACCUCCACUGGUCAGAACAUGUUCCUCAGGUUCAUCAGUGAUCAAACAGAGCAAGCGCCCGGCUUUGUGCUGACAUACAGUUUUGUGAUAGCAAUGGUGGAAGGGGAAUGUUGACGAAUGAUGGUGUUCUUCCUGGAUAAAACAGAGAGAAGAUCAGAAACAAAUAUUUCACAGCGCAACUGAACGCAAAGUUUGUAAAAGAAUGGGUUUUUCCAUCAGCACGGCGCCACCACCAGCGGCACCAAAGUAAAGUACAACAGCCGCAGCGCCCAGAUGUACCGGGAGAAGAUCAGACAGCUGGCGAAUGCUGCCAUGUCCUGCGGCAUCCUCCAGCUCCCUCCCCAGCGUCUUCUUCCAUCUGCGUCCUCUUCAUCUGUGCCGGCUCACCGCUUUUAUAAGGUUUCGUACACACGCAUUGGGCACAACCAAUCAAAUUUCCAGCUGACCACCAAUGACAGGGCCCGGAGUUCAUGAAAGGGGGCCCGAGCUAAAUAAAAACCAAAAACUGUAUCCCGGCAGGGCCCCCUUUUAAAGCGACCAUCGUCCGGGCCCAGGACAACUGUCCCCCCUGAUUGCGACCCUGGGUCCAGUAUAGGGAUAGAAAGGAGUCAGUUAAAGCAUGAAUCAGAUACUGCCUUCCAGUCUGCCAGCGGAAAGCCUGGUGGGGAUAGUAAAGGGGCACUAUAAGAGUGUGUGACCCUCGGGGUAGGAAAGGGAAACCCUGGCAACUCUUGUGGAUGUGAUGGGUAACAACGUGUAUCUGUGAAGAAUUGUGUGAUGACUGCACGUCUGUAUAAAUAAAAGUGUUCCAGAUUGUGAA